AUGGAUUCUAAUCAUCUGAAAAGGCGCCAAGUAGCCAUGUGUUUAUUGAUAACGCAGCUAUUAGAAGAUGACGAAUGUUCCAGCAAACGAGGGAAAACAAGGCAAUGGAUCAAAAGACGCGAGGAGAAGGGGUUUUAUAACUGUAUUUUACGAGAAUUAAGCAUUGAAGACAGUGUUUCUUUCAAAGAGAUGUUACGCAUGUCCCACGAAUGCUUGCUUCAAAUUUUGGGGGCAAUUGAAAAAGACAUCACACCAUGUCAAGUUUCAGGUGGAAAUACUGUUAUCAGUCCAAAAGCACGACUUGUCAUCACUCUUAGAUUUUUGGCUACUGCGGAGACUUUUCGUUCCAUGUCAUUUCAAUUCCGUGUUUCUAGGGCAGCAAUUUCCUACAUAGUGAAGGAUGUUUGCCAGGCAAUUAUAAAGAACAUGAGACCAUUGUUUCUUGCAUUACCUUCAUCUGCAGAAGACUGGGUAAAUAUUGCCCAUGCUUUUGAAGAAAAAUGGCAGUUUCCAAAUUGUGUAGGUGCCAUUGAUGGCAAACAUAUAGUCAUGCAGCCACCACCAGGAGCAGGUUCCAGGUAUUACAACUACAAAGGCACUCAUUCUAUAGUUUUGUUAGCUAUUGCUGGGCCAGACUAUGAAUGUAUUUAUGCAGACGUUGGCACUAAUGGGAGAAUUUCGGAUGGUGGUGUCUGGAACAAAUGUUCUCUGGCAAAAGCAAUUGAAGACAAGAAGAUUGAUUUUCCUGUUCCAAAAUAUCUCCCCCAUGGUGCAAAAAGAUACCAUAUGUGUUUGUUGGAGAUGAUGCGUUUGCCCUUAAAAGUUAUCUGA